AUGCUAAUCCACCUGCCGCGAGAGAAUGUGCUAGAACCAGAUGGACUAUCGGACGAUGCAAGCCAGGGGAGCAGCGUAGCAGGCGACCAUACCCCGGCUCUACCAGAGUCAUUGCUGUCACCCGCAUUCACCCCACCUGCCACUCCCGGCGGCACACUGAACAUAGAUCUGAAUCCCACAGCAGUCCUACAUCAGAACCAGGCAGCAGAUAUUCACCAUAAGAGCCAGCAUGCUAAGGGCCCCAAAUUACUCCCACAACUCCCAGCAGUGGAAUGUAUUGUGCGCGCGCGAAUCCCAACAACCAAUGGAGCGGAGAUGUUCCUCCAUCUCUACCAUAAUGAUCUAGAUGGAAAAGAACAUUUGGCCAUUGUGUUUGGAAAUAACAUUCGCAGUCGGAGUUUGGACAGCGUCAAGCCAGGGGAGACGGAGAUGGAUCGGAUGAUCCGCGGCGCGUACGUGGGGAAGUUGCAUCCGGGCCGAGUCAGCAGCCGAUAUGAUGACGAGCAAGGUGGAUCAGUGGCGACACCGACGCAAGUCGAGCCACCUCUGGUGCGAAUCCACUCGGAAUGUUAUACGGGAGAAACAGCAUGGUCGGCCCGGUGCGAUUGCGGCGAGCAAUUGGAUGAGGCGGCGCGCCUGAUGUCUUUCCCGGUCGAGGAUCUUGCUUCUGAUGCACCACCAGAGGUUCAGUCACUCUCGUCACAAUCGACGGGUGGUGUAAUUGUUUAUCUGCGACAAGAAGGUCGCGGAAUCGGUCUUGGGGAGAAGUUGAAGGCAUAUAAUCUCCAAGAUCUUGGGUCCGAUACCGUGGAGGCAAACCUUUUGCUCCGGCAUCCGGCCGACGCCCGAAGCUAUGGACUGGCUACGGCCAUUUUGCAAGAUCUGGGCUGUGGCGCGGAUACCAUUCCAGAGGGCAUUCGUUUACUCACAAAUAACCCUGAUAAAGUCCGCGCUAUUGAGGGCCACAACCGGGAAGUCCUUGUAAAAGAGCGGGUGCCAAUGAUUCCACUAGCAUGGCGGACUGGCGGCCAGAGAGGAAUCAAGAGCUCUGAAAUUGAGGGAUAUUUGAAGACUAAGAUCUCGAAGAUGGGCCAUAUGAUCCAAUAA